AUGUAUCCCGUUGAGGAGAAUAAAGAAAGAAGCAGUUCGUAUCCUGAUUAUCGAACGUAUUUAAAGUUCGAUGGAAUAGAAUUUCCGGUUACCUUGCGAGAUAUUACUAAAUUUGAACGUUUGAACAAUAUAUCCGUAAAUGUGUUUAUGUUUAAGGAACGUGAUAAAAAAAAGAUUGUUCCUCUACGCCUUACGGCUAACAAGAGAAACGUUCACAUAUCUGCAUUAUUUUUAUUCGACCGAGAAAUUAUUCGAGCAUACCGAUUGCGAAAAGAUGAACGAGCAAUUGUUCUUCCCGAAGAAGAGGAUAAAUCGCUUUCGUUUCGCAACUAUGAUCGAAAGGAGCGACUACCGUACGUGGUAUAUGCAGAUUUGGAGUAUCUUUUGGAAAAGAAGGACGAGGGGGAAAGUUUUAUGACAACGGAAAAUGGAUUUGGUUAUCAACAUCACAGAGCAGCGUUUAGCGUCGGUUAUUAUGUCAAGUCCACGUUAAACGAUGAAUCAUCGUCAUCGAUGUAUAUGUCGCAUCGCGGUCAAGACUGUGUUUCGUGGUUUGCGAAAGAACUGAAUUCUCUAGCGCAUCGCGCGAAAGAUAUUCUUGGCACGGUUGCGUCUAUGACGGACUUGACGAGGGAGGAGAUGCGUAGUUUCUCGGACGCGAAGUUUUGUCACAUAUGCGGAAAAAUAUUCCUGGCGACGGACCUGCGUGUGCGCGAUCAUUGUCAUAUUACUGGACGGUACAGGGGUGCGGCGCAUUCGUAUUGUAAUUUAAAUUAUCAUAAUUCCUUUAUGAUUCCGGUGUUUUUACACAAUUUAUCUGGUUACGACGCACAUUUUAUAAUUAAAGAAAUCGCUAAUGAAUACGAGGGCAGAGUUGAGUUAUUACCAUUAAACAAAGAGACAUAUAUUUCGUUCACGAAGAAUGUUAGUUCUACGAGAGAAAAAAAAUGGCAUAAUUGCGUAAAAUUGCGAUUCGUAGAUUCUUAUAAAUUUCUAAAUGAAAGUCUCGGUAAAUUGGUGUCGUACCUAGAUAGAGGUGACCUACGAAUAACGCGAUCAAUGUUUUUUGAUUUGAGUGACGAAGAUUUUGAACUGCUCACACGUAAAGGUGUGUUUUCGUACGAGUACGUUGACAGCGUCGAUAGGUUGCACGAGACGGAGUUACCGUCGCGGGAGGCUUUUUAUAGUUCGUUAACACGAGAAGAGGUGUCCGACGAUGAUCACAAGCAUGCUGUUAACGUUUGGCAGCGUUUUAACAUUAAAAAUCUAGGUGAAUACAGCGAUCUGUAUUUGAAAACGGACGUGCUACUCUUAGCGGAUGUCUUUGAAAAGUUUCAUGACAAUAGCAUAGAAAGUUACGGUUUGGAUCCCGCUCAUUAUUACACGAUACCCGGCUAUACGUGGGACGCGAUGUUGAAAUAUACGGGUGUUCGUUUUGAACUCCUGAUCGAUAUCGAUAUGGUAUUGUUUGUGGAGCGUAAUGUGCGCGGCGAUUUUAGUCAGUGUUCGAAUAGAUACGCGCGUGCGAAUAACAGAUACCUACCGUAUUACGAUUCGUCGCAACCGUCGUUGUUUCUUAUUGGCUCGACGACAUUGCUAAUUUUGACGGUGUCCGCGGAUUCUUAUUUCGGUUAUAUUUUGGAGGUAGAUCUCGCGUAUUCACACGAGCUGCACGACGCUCACGCGGAUCUUCCUUUUUAUCCCGCGCGCACCACGCCUCCCGAUAAGCGGAACGUCAAACUUUUGGCCACGUUUUACGAUAAGUCGCAUUACGUGAUACAUUAUCGCAAUUUACAACACUGCCUGCGACACGGAUUGCGCGUAACGACGAUUCAUCGCGUAUUACGAUUCGCACAAUUUCCAUGGCUUCGCGGAUACGUAGAAUUGAAUACGAGAUUUAAGAUUGGUGCGAAAAACGAGUUCGAAAGAAAUAUGUAUAAGCUAAUGAAUAACGCGGUAUUUGAAAAGACCAUGGAAAAUGUGCGCGAUCGUGUGGAUGUGCGUCUUGUGACGAGUUGGGAGAGUAGGCACGGAGCGGAGACGUUAAUUGCCAAACCGAACUUUCAUAGUAGAAGCAUUUUCGCUGAGGGUCUGAAUUGCGUCGCUUAG